AUGACAUUUACAGAUUUGAGUGAUCAGAUUGACCUCGCAGAGUACUUGUUCCGACGCCUAUAUCAGGCUGGCGUCCGAGCUGUCCAUGGUGUCCCAGGCGACUAUAACCUCACCGCACUGGACUACAUUGUUCCAGCUGGGUUGGAAUGGAUUGGUAACUGCAACGAACUCAACGCAGGAUAUGCAGCCGACGGAUAUGCCCGGGUCAAAGGGAUCUCAGCACUCACCACGACUUUUGGCGUCGGGGAGCUUUCCGCUAUCAACGCCGUUGGAGGUGCAUAUGCUGAGAUGUCACCGGUGGUUCACAUCGUCGGGACACCUCCCAGAAAGUUCCAGGCUCAAGGGAAGCAGAUCCACCAUACCCUCUGCACUGGUGACCCUAGUGAUUACACCAUCUAUGCAGACAUGACAGUGAAGAUUACUGCGGCACGAGAAAGCCUCACCGAUGAAACAACGGCUACAGCACAGAUUGACCGUGCGCUUCGUGAAUGCGUCCUUCAAUCAAGGCCCGUCUAUAUCCAGCUGCCAACCGAUAUGGUGACCGCAAAAGUGUCGGUUGCCCCGCUGGUCAACCCUCUGGAAUUUACCGUCCCAUCAAAUGACGUCAACAUAGAAAUUGAAGCCGCUGACCAUAUAUUGCGGAGGAUAUAUGCCUCCACGCAGCCUUUCCUGCUGGUGGAUGCUGGAGCUUCGCGGUAUGGGGUGACUGGCGAGGCUAACAAGCUCGCCCGCAUCACCGGAUUUCCUACAGGCACAACACCUUUUGGUAAGAGCAUCAUCAAUGAGACGCUACCUAAUUUCCAUGGAGUGUAUAGCACAGUCGGGAAAAACGCAUUUUCUUCCUGGGUCAAAGCCUGCGAUCUUGUGCUCUACAUCGGACCACGGUUGAGCAAUAUCAACACGUGUGGGUUCACGACCAUUCCCAGCCCUGAGGUAGCCAUAACAUUUGAUCGCGACACCGUCACCGUCUGCGACGGGAGCAGCGGCAGCCUAAUAUCAUACCACGUCAACAUCAAAGGACUAAUGCAGCAAAUCCUCGGACGCCUUGAUCAAACGAAACUGCCAACAUAUACGCCAUACCCAGACCUACCGAAGCCGCGACAAGAUCUGGCCGCACUUCCUAUCGCGCGGCCUGCGGAUAGAUUGGACCACGCAACUUUCUGGCCGCGGUUGUCCCAUUUCUUCCGCCCCGGAGACAUCAUCAUGACGGAGACCGGUACAUCGAGCAGUGGCGGGCGUGAGUUUGUACUCCCGGAAAACACGCAGUUGAUCAACUCGAGCAUCUGGCUCUCCAUCGGGUUUAUGCUUCCGGCCGCGCAAGGGGCUUCCCUUGCUCAGAGAGAUUUGGCACGAGCCGGGCAGAUGCAGGGGCGAACGAUACUUUUCGAAGGAGACGGCAGUUUCCAGGUGACCGCGCAGGAGCUCAGCACAGUGAUUCGCAAACGGCUGGAUAUGAUUAUCUUCCUAAUCAACAACAACGGCUACACCAUCGAGCGGCUAAUUCAUGGCUGGAACGCGGAAUACAAUGAUAUCGCUCCUUGGAGGUACCUGGAAACCCCAAGGUGCUUUGGGGCUCCGGCAGAUGGGUCGUACCAUGUGCAGACAGCAAGGGUUACUACAUGGGGCGAGCUUCAAACACUCCUUGCCGACCAGAGUUUCCAAGACGGGAGUGGGUUGAGAAUGGUGGAAGUCAUGCUGGGCACCCACGAUGCUCCUGAGACGCUCAAAGUUCUUGCUUCCGGAAAUAUUAAGGUAUAUCAGGAGAAAAAUUAG